UUUCACUCUCUUCUCAUUUUCUUGUCCCUUAUGUAGAGAGUGUGAGGGAUGCAGUGGGGAGGAAGGUGAAGUUGUCACUGAGGAAAAGAGUCAAACUGGAAAUCAAAGGAGACAAGACGGAGAACAGAGUUUUGGCUCUUGCGACCCACCGAGCCUACCUCCUGACAGCACGCAUUCCAGCCAAGGUGGAACACUCCUUUAAUUAUCUGGAGAUCCAGGGAAUAGCUUCCAGCAAGCCGACCCAGCUACUAGUAGAGUAUGAGCGAGGCUCGUUCUCAGUGAAGCUGCUCUCCACAGAGGAGGUGAACGAUGUGGUCGCUCAUGUAGGAAACUGUCUGCUCAGGAUAUGUCCUGGUUUACCACCCAGCAAAAUGAUGAAGAAACUUAGCUUGGAGCCUCCAGACCGACUGAGCUACCUGCAGAGUCUGUGGGACAACAAGCCUGCUGAACCUGGACCUUGUGGUGGGUUUUCCCAGAUGUACAGAUGUGUGUGUGACUGGUUAGGACUACCUUACAGAGAAGAAGUGCAGUGGGAUGUUGACACCAUCUACUUGACACAAGACAGCAGAGAACUCAACCUGCAGGACUUCAGCCAUCUAGAGAACAGGGAUCUGGUAGCUAUAAUAGCAGUCCUGGAGUUCAACCAGUGGUUCACCAAGCUGUCUACCAAGGAUUACAAACUGUCUGCAGACGUAUGCGAGCAGAUUCUUCGAGUGGUGUCUCGAUCCAGUCGACUAGAGGAGAUGGUGUUGGACAACGCGGGACUCAAAACAGAGUUUGCCCAGAAGCUCGCUGCUGCCCUGGCCCACAACGCCGGCUCAGGACUUGCUUCCAUUAAUCUUGCUAACAACCCACUGGAAGACAGAGGUGUUUCUUCUCUCGGUGCACAGUUUGCCAAACUUCGUUUGGGGCUCAAGCAUUUAAACUUUUCCAAAACCUCACUCUCACCCAAAGGGGUGAACAGCCUUUGCCAGUCACUGAGUGCCAACCCAACCAUCGCCAGCAGCCUAGUCCAUCUGGACCUCUCAGGAAACAUGCUCCGAGGAGACGACAUGCAGCAUUUCUACAACUUCCUCGGUCAACCCAACAGGCUGGCAACACUAGACCUCUCCAACACAGACUGCGCACUGGAUCAGGUUUGCUCGGCUCUGCUGCGAGGCUCAGUUCAACAACUCUCUGUUCUCAAUGUGUCCAAAAGCAUCUUCCCUCACAGGAAAGGCAAAGAGGUGCCUCCAUCAUUUAAGCAUUUCUUCAGCAGCGCCACGUCUCUCAGCUCCAUCAAUGUGUCGGGAACCAAGCUGCCGCCAGAGGCUCUCAAAGCACUUCUGCUUGGCCUGGCCAGUAAUCCCAGUUUGAAGGAUGUCUCACUGGAUCUCAGCUGCUGUGAGCUUGGGCAUUGUCUUCGUUCGGGUGGUUCUCAGAUUCUUGAAGGUUGCAUUGCAGAAAUCCCAAACAUUUCCAGUCUGGAUCUUUCAGAUAACGGCUUGGACUCGGAGCUGUCCACUCUUCUCGUUUGGUUGGCCAAGAACCGCUCCAUCAAACACCUGUCUUUGGGAAAGAACUUCAACAACAUCAAGUCCAAAAACCUCGCUCCAGUACUGGAUGGCCUGGUUCACAUGAUUCAAGAAGAGGAGUCGCCCCUCACCUCUCUGUCUUUAGCUGACUCCAGACUCAAAAGUGACCUGACCAUCGUCCUCAACGCCCUCGGCAGCAACUCCACGCUCACCCGGCUGGACAUCAGCGGCAACGCCAUGGGGGACAUGGGAGCCAAGAUGCUGGCGAAGGCGUUGCAAAUCAACUCGAAACUCAGGACUGUAAUCUGGGAUAAAAACAACACCAGCCCUCAGGGCCUUCAGGAUGUAGCAACCGCUCUGGAGAAAAACUUUACCAUUCGCUUCAUGCCCAUCCCAAUCAUCGAUGCCUCGCAGGCCCUGAAGGCCAGCCCUGAGAAAACAGAGGAUGCCUUGCUAAAGAUUGAGACGUAUUUAUACAGGAAUCAUGAAACUAGAAAGCACCUGCAGGAGCAGGCCUAUCGCCUCCAGCAGGGCAUCGUAACCACAACCACUCAGCAGAUGAUAGACCGAAUUUGUGUCAAAGUCCAAGACCAUUUGAACUCACUGAAGAACUCCGAGGCUGACGCCAUCUUAGAAGACGUCAGAUCAGCGGAAAAUCUCAUCAAGGAUGCAAGAAAUUCUAAAACGCUGCUCCGUAACCUUUACCACCUUGGAUCAGCAUCCAGAGAGGAGCUGAACAGUUCAUCAGCAGGUCCCAUCCAGGAGCAACUGGAGUCCAUGGCUGGAGAGGUCACCACUGUCAUGGAUCAGCAACUCCAGUCUCUGCUAGAGUCCAUGAUGGACACUGCGGAGUCUCUGUGUCCACAUGUGAUGAAGAGGGGAAAUCUUCGUCCUGAGUUGAUGAAAGCAAGCUCAACCAAGAUGGUCGUACCUAAAUGCUUCGUCACUCAAACCCUCCUGGAGCAGUCUGGGGUGGAUAUCAUCAACAAGAUCAGUGAGGUGAAACUGAGUCUGGCCUCCUUUCUGUCGGAUCGCAUCGUUGAUGAGAUACUAGAGGCUCUCUCCACAUCACAGCUCACGCUGGCAGACCAUCUGGUGCAACGAGGACGCCGCUUGGUGCAGCAGGAGUCUGUGGACCUGGAUGUGCCUGAGGAGAAGAUUCCUAAACGAGCGUCUGCUGAGAUACUAGAGGCAGAAAGACUCGAGGAUCUGGAAACAUGUAUGACUCUGUGCUGCACCAGCAUGACUCCUAAGUCGAAAAGGAAAAGCAUUCACAGCAGAAUGCUGCGACCCGUAUCUCGUGCCUUUGAGAUGGAGUUUGAUCUCGACAAGGCCCUGGAGGAUGUUCCCAUCUACAUGGAAGACGCCUCCACUUCGUCCCAAACUCCUCCCACUCCAUCUGUGGGUGGGCCCAAAGCGGAGCAGCGUCCGUCCGGAGCGAUCGCAGAGCUGCCGUCUGAGGAAGAGAAGAAACUGCAGCAUUUCACCAAACUACGGCCGCGAAGGAACAAAAAGAUGCAUUCUAGUAAAGUAGCUCAAAUUAACAACACUCCAUCUCAAGAAGGGGGCGAACAAAAUGGUCUCAUGGGCAGAGUGGAUGAAGGAGUGGAUGAAUUUUUUUCAAAGAAAGUCACCAAGAUGGAUUCAAAACGGUCUUUGAAGAGCUCAGAAUCUCAAGAUGGAGAAAAGAAGAAGAGUAAAGGAGGAUUUCUGAAUCUCAUCAAGCGAUCCUCCAAAUCCGAUAAGUCUGAUAAGUCUGACAAAUCAGAUAAGUCAGAGAAAAGUCAAGCAGCUCCAACAUCCUGUGGUGCGCCCCCAGCCUCUGCUGCAGCCUCUGCGAUCCCAGAGGAGCCCUCCUCUCCAAAGGUGGCAGUCAGGAGCCCACCUCCUGAACCAAAGUCGAGAGACUCCUCCACCCGCUCACAGCCCACAGACUACAGCAGCAGCUCCGACCGGUCCGAAGAACUGAGGACUCCGGACUCCAUAGAUGAACCCUGGGAGGGUUCGGACGGCAGGGGAAGUCCUCAAGGCGGGAAGAGGUACACUGGAGUGCAGAUGAUGGGAAGUGGCCUCUUGGCAGAGAUGAAAGCAAAACAUGAGAGGAGAGCAUACAAGUCUUCCAGCCCUGACAGGCCUGACAGCAAUGCAGCAGCCAAGUCCCAAUCCUCAACUACUGAAAGCAAGACUUCCAGUUGUCCCACUAACAAAGCCAAUGCUGCUGCUGCAGAAAAGUCCUCGCCCCGUAGUGAAGCCAAGUCCGAACCUUCCGCUCGCCUCAGAGCCACGUCUUCCUCAACGUCCCCUGCAGGACCAGUAAACCCUAAGCCACCAGUGCCACAAGGAGCAAAGCCAGCCCUGGCUGCACGGCCCACCAUCCCCCAGAAGCCGAGGGCCAGCAGCGGCAGGAGCAUAGAUGAGAGUUCAGCUUCCCCCAUCGGCAGCGGCCAUGCAUCUCCCAAAAUUCUGCCCUCCACCCUAAAAAGGACAAUGUCAGAAAAAGACAAGGAGCCCAUUCUGCAGACCGGAGUUUCCACCAACAAAGGCCCUCAGGAAGUGAAGUCGGCGUCAGACGCUGCUCAGAGAUCCAGCCCUCGCUGCACCAACGCUGAUGACCCAGGCUCCUUCAAAACCAAGGACAACUGUGCAAACACAGACAAAAGCAAAGCAACCAGAAAGAAGUCCUCGGAGUCGGGGGAAGAGGCAGACAAGGACUUUAUACUAAUAUGAGCCACUCACCAAGUCUCAGGCUCCUUUAUAGAAAACUAACUCCAAGGGAACAAAUCUCCCAUGGUUUAUUUUUUACAAUAUGAUUCAUACCUGCAGGUCCAGUUUGACCACAAAGUACAAGUCAGACCUGGCAGGCAUGAGAAGCAGAAACACAGUUUUGACCUUAAUGCAUGACGGACAUGACCGCAGUGGACGCAGUACGCCUCCAAAGCAAAAAACCAAAACUGUGCUUCGUCUCGUGAGAGCUUCCUCGAUCCAAACAGUAUUUUUCUCCAGAUGUGCUGUCAGCCUUGCUCAUCCUCACUUUUCUUACUAACUCUUCAGGGUCUGAGAAGAUGAAUCAUCAGGGUUUGGUCCUACUCACUUAUAUGUAAAUAAUAAAUCACGAAGUGGAGUCAAAAGUUUGACAUCUCUAAAAAUAAAGCAGAGUGCUUUGAGAGAGCGCGAUUACAACUAACUACUGUUUUCUACGGCUUGCUGCCACAGCUCGACACCCAGGGACCAAACGCAACAAUGACCGCCAUACCACUUCACUGUACUUGAAGCCAAAACAUAUUAGCAAAUCAGGACCGUCUCUGAUAUAUUUUUGAUGGAUUUUAUAACACUGGUUUUUCUGUACGUGCUACUAAAUAGGAUUCAAAGUGACUGAAAAUGUUAUGCAAUUUCGUUCUUUAGUUAUUAUUUACAGGAACAAGCAGGUUUCAGCUGAGUGUCUCAGCAAAGACACAGAUCAGAGAUGUGUGGUUUACUUUACAAGUGCAACAGCUGCAGACUGAUGCACACUAAGCAACAGUGUGUAAUACUCCAUGUGAAAGCUGGAGUGGCCAUAUGAUGUGUUACUGCUUUGAGAGGACUGUGGCACUCUUUGUCUUUACUGAUAAUCAGCGUAUGGCUUCAGCACUGUUAAAUAAUUGCUCUUUUAUAUUCAAACACUGUGGAAAAUUAUUUUUUUUUUCUUAAUCUGGGAGAGGAGCUUUGGGAAUAUAAUUAAAGUGCAAUAGAGAGCUAUGUUUGGUUCUUUCUGGAGCAUAUCUGUAGUGUAAUUUCUUAAAAGAAGUUUUGAACUUUUUUUUUUUGUUGCAAAUAAGUAACAUUGAGAAUUUGAAUUGCUCCUAGAAAGACUUGAAUCCCAUUCAUUAAGACUAUGCUAGUGCUCUACAUGUCCAGUGACCACAAGGAAAUCUCAAUAGAAAAAGACAGUUCGAGGCAGUCUUAGUUCUUUGUGUAUAAGCAAAAACACUGAAGGAACUCCAGCACACAAGUUUUUUUUUUCUUUUUUCUUCGUUUGAAUAGCGAAUUAAAAAUGUUCUUAAUUCUCCUUUAUGCCUAGGAAUUAAGAAAUGCACAGAAUAAGGGCGGUAACCGUACUGCUUGUUUAAAAACCAAUAAUGCACUGUGUGGGGUGAGAGUGAACUGUCGGUGGGUGUAUAUUAAUUGUGUGGCAUCAACUUGGCCGUCGGGCCGAUUCUUCUGUUUUGGUUUUAAGUCGACAUACCUGUUUCACACUGCUGUAGAGUUUGACUAAUUAUGAAAAUGAAUUUGUGUAAUAAUAAAAAAAAAAACUAGUGUAAAUGAAUGAUGAACACUGUUUACAAUUUAAAUAUUUGAUUGUUUUCUCAAAUAUCUCCAUGCCAUGCAAACACAGUAUGGGAUGUAUAUUUCUGUUCUGCUAUGUCAUGAUUGUGCUGGGGACACAGAAGAAACACGAAAACAUAAUUGUUGCUGGGAUAAAAAACAAAACAAAGCAAAACAAAAACAUAGAUUAAUGAAAUAUGAUGCCAGACUUCCAGGACACAUGGCUGUAGAUUUUUUGUGUCAGCAUUCUGCCACUGUGUGAAGGCCACUGCAUGCAGCAAAGUGUACAGGACCCUUAGAUAUGCAGCUUGAAUCAGAUUUUAUUCACUGUCCAUGUCUGGGUAAAUCUGGAAAAUGGACAGAAAAAGUUUGAUAAAAUCCGAAAUUUCAGAAAACGACAGAGUGACUUUUUCAGAGCGGCAAUCUUUGAUUUAUCAAAUUAAAACUUGCAUUUUAUUUAAUUGAAUGUUUUUUUGAUUACUGGCAGAACCCAGGUCCAGCUUAAAACCUGACAAAAAGACUUGAAACAGGAUCCAGAAUCUAAAUCCUACUUUGUCUAAGUUUCAAGAAAGUUUUUUCAUUCCUAUUAGUUUUGCUUGAAAAUUUGCAAAAGAACAAAGAAAGUGUUAUCCCAGAUCACAAAUUUUGCUUUAAAUGACCAAGUUUCAUUAGUAAGUGUUGGAUUUGUUUGUGCAGUCUAUUUUAUUUUAUUUUAUUUUUUAUUUCUUUUCACUUUAAAAGAUUCAGAUUGAAGUCGGGGCCAGAGCUCUGACCAGUGCACCUUUCCCACAAUGUGGUGUCUGAUGAUGUCCUUUUAUGGCGUUACAGUGGGGUUGACCUUUUCUUGUCACUCUUCACGGUUUACAGAUAUUAUUUUUGGUGUAUAUAGUCAACCUGUCGUGGAUGUACAUGACUACAGAAUCAUCUUUUUUUUUUGUCUCUGAAGUGUCUCGAAAAAUGACAGGAUGCUUCUACAUUGCAUGUUGUUUAAAUUUAAUCCACUCGUAUGUGGCUGUGUGCAGUUGCCAUUGCUGAGCUUUUCUUUUUGGCGUAGCAGCAGCACAAUGCAGCAGAGUUUCUGUUGCAUUGCGAUGGAGACUGAAAAUAAGUUGAGAAUUAUUCAACAUGAGCAUCUGGUUCUUUCUGUUGCUGUUCAGUGUACAAACAUGCCAGUACUCGGUAGCAUUCGGUCUAGACGUGCCAGUCUGUGUGUGACUGCAUGAUGUGGCUGUGAGUUUUUCUGUAUGUACAUAUGUGCUUUCUUACACGUAGGGCCCCGUGUGUUCAUGUGUGUGUAACAUAAGCACAUAUAACACAUUCACACGCCUAUGUGAAAACAUGAAAUCCUCUGUUGUUUUGGUACUAAGUGCACUACUAUACUAAGGAUCUGUUUGUAACUUAUUUGAAAUAAAAUAAAGCGACUGAAGGCUGAUGUUCUUUCUCGAUUUGUAUGUUUGCUGUCACUUUGAACAUGUUUUAGAAAAUGAAACAAACUUUACCUGGGACUACAUGAUAGAAAGUGAAUGUUUGGUCAUCUAUUUAAUUAAAUUGAUUCUUAUUCUGUCA